UCACCCAUCGGCCAGCUGAUGGUAAUGAUGUCAUACCAUGGUAUUAAACGACACAAUUACCCAAAGGGGCGUCGGCUUUACGAACGAAAACGAAAGUGUAACACUACCCUGGGGCGAAAUUUUGAGAUAUAAAAACCUCCCGACCAAAAGCACCCAUCAGAUCAACCCAAACACCCAACAUCAUCCACACAAUGGCUUUCAAAUUCGUCGUCUUCGCCGCCGCCUUGGCUUGCGCCAACGCCGGUCUGCUCCCAGCCGCCGCCCCCGUGGCCUACUCCGCGGCCCCCGCCGUCGCCUACUCCGCCGCCCCCGCCGUCUCCCACGUAUCCUACUCCAGCCCCGUGGUGUCUUACGGCGCCCCCGUCGCCGCCCCCGCCAUCACCUCCCAGCACUCCAACAUCCUCCGCAGCUUCGGCAACUUGGGCCAAGUCUCCACCUACUCCAAGACCAUCGACACCCCCUUCUCCAGCGUCUCCAAAUCUGACGUCCGUGUAAGCAACCCCGGACUCAGAAUCGCCGCCGCUCCAGUGGCCCACGCUUACGCCGCCCCUGUGGCCCACGCCGCUUAUGCCGCCCCUGUGGCAACCGCCGCCUACGCCGCCCCUGUGGCCCACGCCGCCUACGCUGCCCCUGUGGCCCACGCCGCCUACGCCGCCCCUGUCGCUAAGGCCAUCGGCGUCGCCUACUCCGCCGCUCCCGCCGUCUCCCACGUCACCUACACCGGCUUGGGCGCCAGCUACGGAUGGUAAACGAUGACGCGUAUUUAUUUAUUUAUUCUGUACUCUCUUGUAUAUAAUUUCUUCAAUAAAAGUUUGAAAAU